AUGCCUUUCUCACGCUCGCUUACCGUCGUCGGCUGCCACGCAGAGGGCGAAGUUGGUGAUGUUAUCACCGGCGGCGUCCUCGACGUACCAGGCAAAACAAUGCAAGAAAAGCUCGUUCACAUGUCCACCAAAAAAGAUCACUUGCGCCAACUUCUUCUCAACGAGCCAAGGGGUCGAGCAUCCAUGAACACAAAUCUCAUUCUCCCACCCUGUGAUCCAAGAGCCGAUGCAGGAUUCUUGAUCAUGGAAAGCGAGGAAUACGCCCCUAUGUCCGGAUCCAACAUUAUUUGUACCACAACUGUCCUUCUAGAGACCGGCAUGAUUCCCAUGAAAGAACCCAUUACCGAGAUAGCUUUGGAUACGGCGGCCGGACUGGUGACCGUCACGGCCGAAUGCGAGGCCGGAAAGUGCAAAACUGUCGAAUUCAACAACGUGCCUUCAUUUGUGCUUGAACUUGACUACAAAGUCCCGGUUCCGGGUCUCGGAGAGGUGACCGUUGAUAUCGCUUAUGGAGGCAUGAUGUAUGUGUUGGUUGAUGCCGCAUCUUUAGGCUUAAGGGUCGACAAUCAAGAAUCUCCAAAACUCGUGGAAAUUGCGGAGCGCAUUAAGCGAGCGGUUGAAGUGGCCUACACUCCAGUUCAUCCUGAAAAUGCUGGUAUAACGGGCUUUAGUGUUUUGGGAUUCACAGAACCUGUGAAAAUAGAAGAAGGAUGCAAGACUUCUGUCAAUGCUGUGGUUGUCUCUCCCGGACGAUUCGAUCGGAGCCCCUGUGGCACUGGAACAUGUGCUCGACUAGCAGUUCUACAUGCUCGAGGCCAGAUAAAAGAGGGAGAGAUUUUCAAGCAUCGUAGUAUUCUAGGGACUGAGUUUAUCAGUCGAAUUCGUGGUACAGCAACAGUCGGGAAAUAUCCUGCUGUUCUACCUACGGUCAAAGGUCGGGCUUGGAUCACAAGUUUCAAACAGGUCGUUUUGGACUCGACAGAUCCGUUCCCAGAAGGAUUUCGUAUAGGUGAUCAAUGGCAUAUGCCGCCAAAUUGA